AUGGUUUGCUAUCAGUCUCCGGACCCUUUGAUCGAGAUGGUGUUACUCGGUAGGAAUCCCAUGGCUGCACAUCUCCUGCAAAGAAGGUCUUUGGGAACCCAGAUCGUAUUUGUAAGUUGCUACUUUCCUGUAACUUACCUGAUCCCCAAAGGAAGAACAGUAAUGCUGAUAUAACGGUCAUGGCAGAGUAUACUAGCAGGAUUCCUCUCCAUUCCUCAGCUGUGCCCACAGUCUUGA